UCUCCACCGCUCACUCUUCACUCCCCCACUCAUGGAACCCUUGAGCCCCAAGCUCCACCUCCUUCUCUUUCUCACUCUCUCCCUCCUCGUCGGCGGCUCGCCGGAGUCGCUUCACUACCAAACCCUAACCCUAAUACCCUCUCCAACACCCCAGGACGCUGUCCCCCGAUGACGAUUUCCUCAGCUGGACCGUCGAUCCAACCUUAGUCUCCGAUCUCCACUCCGCCGUCGACUCUUCCACCUCCCUUCACAUCGACCUCGCCCAUCGUGACUCCCUCCCUUCAGUGAACUCCACCGCUGAUGAUCUCUUCAAGCUCCGCCUCGGCCGUGAUGCCGCCCGCGUCGAAACCCUAACUACAAUGGCUGCUGCCUGGAACCGGACACCGCACAGCGGUUAUAGCAGCUCCGUGGUCUCCGGGCUGGCCCAGGGAAGCGGGGAAUACUUCACCCGCAUCGGGAUCGGCACGCCGCCGAGCUACUCCUUCAUGGUCGUCGACACCGGUAGCGACCUCGCCUGGCUCCAGUGCCUCCCUUGCCGCCGAUGCUAUUCCCAAUCGGCCCCGAUCUUCGACCCUCGUCGAUCCCGCACGUACGCCUCCGUCCCCUGCGGCUCUGCUCUCUGCCGCCGCCUUGACGCCUCUGGCUGCAACCUCCGUCGCGGUGCCUGCCUCUAUGAGGUCGCCUACGGAGACGGUUCCGCCACAAUGGGCGACUUCUCCACUGAAACCCUCACAUUCCGCGGCGGCGCACGUCUACCCCGCGUCGCUCUCGGCUGUGGCCAUGACAACCAGGGCCUCUUCAUUGCCGCCUCCGGCCUUCUCGGGCUCGGCCGUGGUCCUUUGUCGCUUCCCUCCCAGGCGGCUUCCCGCCUCUCCCGUCGAUUCUCCUACUGCCUCGUAGAUCGCACCUCCCCAUCAUCCCAACCCGUGACCCGUGCCUCCUCUCUAAUCUUCGGCCCCUCCGCCAUUCCCCGAUCAUCUUCCGGCAUCGCAUACACUCCGAUGGUGAGCAACCCUUCAAUGGAUACCUUCUACUAUGCGGAUCUCAUCGGAAUCAGCGUUGGCGGGGCGAGGGUUCCGGGAGCUGAACUGAAGCUGGAUCAAGGCACAGGCAGAGGAGGUGUAAUAAUUGAUUCAGGGACGUCGGUAACAAGGCUCGCGCGUGCAGCAUACGAGGCGAUGAGGGACGCCUUCAAGGCCGGGGCAACGGAGCUUUCGCCGACGGCAGAGGGCUUCUCGCUCUUCGACACAUGCUACGACCUCGGGGACAAAUCGGUGGUCAAGGUGCCAACUUUGGUGCUGCACUUCGCCGGUGGUGCUGACGUGGCACUUCCAGCAGAGAACUAUUUGAUUCCGGUGGACACAAAGGGAACCUUCUGCUUCCCUUUCGCCGGCACGGACGGCGGCGUCUCGAUCAUUGGCAAUAUACAGCAGCAGGGGUUCCGGAUGGUGUUUGACGGCGAGACUUCGAGGAUUGGAUUUGUGCCAGGCGGAUGCUGAGAAUUGGUAUGCUUCCAAAAUUCCCA